GGAGUGAAAACUUUUCCACUCCGCCUGCUUUGACUCCAUAUAUGGUAUUCAAGGAAAAGUUCAGGGGCUGCCCUUUUCGUGAAUCUCACUACAACACACACACACACACACACACACACCACACCACACCACGCUCACACAGUAGUGGUGUGUGUGUGUGGUGGGGACCCCCUGAGGUGCGACCCCUAGGACACAGGCGCGGUGGUCCUCUGUAUUAUGGGCAUCGGGAGCGCCGAUGUCACACCUUAACUGGCACUCCUCAGGCUCUUGGGUACAGGCCCGGACUUUUCAUCGCGCCACCACCCCAACAUAUCAUCCCUUAGGUCCUCUGCUCUGGCGUCCUGACCCUACAGUAGGGGUUUCGGGUGGAUGCUGCGAGGAGGUUCUGCCCUGGGUGCCCACGCGCGGAAGCGCUGUCCCCUCAGGGCUGGCCCGGGGCGGUGGAGGCGGCGCCAGAGGCGGGAGUUGGCGGCCUUGGCGUCCCGGGCAGCGGGCCCCGUCCGCAGCCAGCGCGCUCCGCCGUCCUCCCUCGCUUGUCUGCUAUGCUCAUAUUUGGACUCUGCCGCCCGUGCCCAGGAAUUUCCCGUCAUGCCUCCCGCCGCCCCGUCUGUCGCCCAGAGCCGGGAGGGAGGAGGGAUCGGACAGCGGUGGCUCCUCUUCCCCGGAGUGCGCGGUGGACCCUCCCGCGCCCAAUCGCGCUCUGCCUCGGCCUCUGCCUAGCUGCGGUCGCGGCCACUACGCCGCGUGCUGUCGCUGCUGCCUUUGCCUCCGGGUGUGUUGCUGAGGAUACCACAGCGAUGUCCGCCUUCAACCUGCUGCACUUGGUGACGAAGAGUCAGCCCGUGGCCCUGAGAGCCUGUGGGCUCCCCUCAGGGUCAAGUAGGGAUAAGAAGAACUGUAAGGUGGCCUUUUCCCAGCAGGAACUGAGGAAGCGGCUGACACCCCUACAGUACCACGUCACUCAGGAGAAAGGAACAGAAAGGUCAGAAACGAAAUUUGACUCUGGUUCAGGCUGGCCUUCCUUCCACGAUGUGAUCAGUUCUGAGGCCAUCGAGUUCACAGACGAUUUCUCCUAUGGGAUGCACAGGGUGGAGACAAGCUGUUCUCAGUGUGGUGCUCAUCUUGGGCACAUUUUUGACGAUGGACCUCGUCCGACUGGCAAAAGAUACUGCAUCAACUCGGCAUCCUUGUCCUUCACUCCUGCAGACAGUGGUGAGGCGGAAGGAGGCGGCAGCAAAGAGAGCAGCAGCCCAGCAGCAGCGGACAGAGCUGAGCUAUAGAGUCAGGGCCGGCGGUGGAAACAAAGUGUUCUUAAUGCACAGCUGAUUGAAAAACCAAAAAUGGUUUAUCUUAACAGAGCUAUUUUUUUAGAAGCUAUAAGGGCAGUUUAUGCUAUUGAAAAUGUUUUCUCUUUUUUGUCUAGAUGGCAGUGCUGCCCAUCCAUGUAUUUUGCGGUUGACUAGGUCCAGAACUGUGUGUAGGCCUUGCAGAUGGAGAUAGCUUUUGGGGCUUCUUCAUAAGCUCCUAAGUAGCCUUGGCAUCGUUUUCUUCCCACGCUUACCUUCCUUUAAGUUUGUUGUUGCGGGCACCUCUUUUUUGAUUAAGAGACGGAGGCCGUUUAGUGAAUCAGAGAGCUGGGCAGAGAGAAGAGCUGGGACAGGCAGAGCAGCUAGACAUGUGGCCUUUGAGAUAAAGAUGGAGCGCUGCCUUAGAUUGCUAGGCUGAGUGGAAAGUCUGAGCUCAGGUUGUUUUUUCUCACUAGAAGGGUGUGAAGGUCUGAAGUCAUUCCGAAGUAUGUUAUAUUGUUGCCAGAUGUGAGAGGGCUCACUGAAGGUUGCCGCAGAGACGCAAACAUUACCUCUGAGCAGGUCUUUAUUUUAUAUUCUUUUCCAUUGAAAACAGCAGAAUGUAAGACAAGUGUAAAAUGCUGGGCCUCUUUUUUUGUCCAAAGUUCCCAAAGAAGAAUGCUUGCCCAUUGCCUCUGCAUAAGCCUUUCUCUGCAUGCCUCACGUGAACUCCAUCUGGAUGAACAUUUUAGAAGAUUUCCCUAGUGCAAAAUAAAAUAUUAGGGACAACACACUUCAUCAAGGCGGUAGGAAAGAGAAUGAUCAGAGAAGACCAAGCAUGAAGUCUUGAGCACUAAAUAAUCCCACGCUGUGUAAAAAGACCCAACAGCAUCUCACAGGUCCUGCAGCUAAACCAGACUUUCACAUAGCAUCAGGAGGUCUGUGCAAGGAUGGUGGGGAUUAAGACAGAAUAGUGAGGCCCAAGAUCCACGCUUUACUGUGUGUACAAGGGACAAGCCAUUUAGCCCCAUUGUGCCUAUAUCUUCCUGUACACAAUAGGACUCACAUAUUUAUAAGAUAUAUUGAUACUCUCAGGGCAAAAUUACUAUAUUGCUGUAAAAUUAGUAGGAUCGGUGUAAAAUUGCCUCGAAGGCCACAGAGCAGGCCAACUUUGCAAUGGAAAGAGGUAGAGCUGGACUUUGUUGGUUGUCAGCCGAAAGCCAGACCUUUGUCUUGUAGCCAUAGGGCAGGUUUUGCUUGUGGAAGCUCUGUGUGGUGGCAUGAGGUUUUCACAGGGCUGAACAAAGGUGACAGCAGUUGCAGGUGCUGUCUCGGCAAUAAGCAUCCAAUCCUGAAACGCAACUUUGAAAGACACUGAACUUUUGAUGAAGCCUGUCGUGGGUUCCUCGUAAGCAGUAGCAAUGAUGAGAACAGGCGUGCGGCAGUUGCAGACACAGUGGAGAGCAAUAAAGGCUGGGCCAAGCAAGGGGAGACCGCCAUGUCCAGCAGCUUCUGGCCUUCUCCGGGUACCUCCUGAAGGUCCUGACAUCCUGGCCAGUCUUUAGCAUCACCCAAUUCUAGAGACACACAUGCUCUUAACCUUGUGCACACAGGAAAGUCACCUAAGCACUGGGGUCCCCUGGCCCCAGAUAUUUACCCCAAGCCCAGGGCUGCUCUACACAUCACAGGCUUCACUCUCUAGAAACAAGGGGAAAGUUGAAGGUGAGGCUUCCCGGCUGCCAUAAAGUCUUCCAGCAUCAUGAAGGAUCCCAUGUAGGGUGGCUAAUAACAGACGUGGGUCUCACGUGACACCCAUCCUGUCACAGCUCAACAUCCAUCCUUCAGAGAGACACACAGCCCUUUCUCCAUCGGUGUGGUAGCCUUCCCAGGGUCCCUUGGAUAUAAGCCAGAGUGUUGGAUUAGACAAAGAAGACAAGUGAGGAUCUUCUUCCUCCCCAGACACUCUGGUUUGUUACUCUUCCUUCAUUUUUAUAACACUAUAGCACUAAAUACACACACACACAUACAUACAUACACACAUACACACAUAUACUCACAUACACAUACAUACAUACACACAUACACACAUAUACUCACAUACACAUACAUACACAUGCACACACAUACACAUACACACAUGCACACAUGUACACACACAUAUACACACAUACACACAUACACCAUAACAAUGACAAAAAUCUUGUUUCCUUUUAACUUUUACUGUUUUGUUUUUUAACAAAAGCCGGCUUUUUCUUUUCCACCACUACAUACACACUUCCAUUGAAAUGAAAAAGGAAAAAGAAAGAAAAAUGAGUGCACACAGUUUAAUUCCAGAUUGCUUUUUGGGCUCACAUGGUAUCAAAUUCCGGUCUAUUUCUGCCUUAUGUUAAAGAGAUGUAUUGCUAGAAUGUCAGUGAGCAGUCAUGUCAGUUGUCCAGGACUAGAUUUACUUUCACAGGAUGUGGAGUACAGUGGACUGAGGUGUGUGUGAUCUGUGGGAAUCCUGCUGUUUAGCACAGGAGGUGCACGGACUUCCUUACCUGCAUCCCAGCUCAGAGACGGGCUGGAAGACAGGAAAUAUGUCCCUACGUGUGCACCCAACAGAUUGGGAGGAAGCAGCAACAUCAAGUGUAUUUCUGAAUGUUUAAACUUCUCACCUCUUUUAUAUAUUUAAAACCUUAAUGCAAAUGACGUAGCACUUGGAACAAAACCCCUCCGUGUUGUUUAAAAUGUCCUGCUUUAGUACGGAAAAAAACAGUGAAAAUUAGUAUCAUGUUUUGAAGAUUGUGUAUGAUUCUUGACCUAGAGAGCUUUUUAAUAACUUUUCUUCUGAUAGUUUAAAACUUUUGAAAAGUGACAAGAAAUCUUCAUUGAAAAGCCUUUUUCAAUAUUUGUUGUAUACAGAAAUUAGAUAAUAAAGAUUCUUUAUAAAAACGUC